GUGGGGGGGGUGUUGAGGAAGCACACUUCCUGAACUUUAGCUCCUACUAAUGAGUAGGGGGUGCGAGUCUGGACACUUGGGCCCCUUCUCAAGCCGCGGUUCCCAGCGGGAGGCUGGCCCCUAGACCUCAUUCUGUCCCUUCGGGCACUGUAGCUGUAGCGCUGGGGUGGGGUUGGAGUAUUCCAAGCUGUAGGCGCAGUCACUCGAUCUCUUCGGAUCCUGUCAUUGAGGAGGGCAAGGAGAUGGGCGGGAUCGAGUUGCCUUUGACAUUCCUCCCCCCAACCCCCCCCCCCCAUGGAAUUAUGUUGGGCAAACGACUCAACUUGGCAUGCCCUCCUUUCUUUGGGGGCCAGGCCGGGCCCUCCCCCUCAGAUCCGGCCAAGGGCCGGCGGCCAAGACUGAGGUUGAGCGUCAAGUGGGGAAAGGCUUGGCUAGGUCAGACCCCACCUGCUGGCAUUAGCCUGUGGUUGGCCAGAUGGCGGAGGCGGCAGAUUACAGGGGUCUCUAACGCUGUUAACACAGGAACCAUAGUUCCUCCUCCACAGCCCCGAUACCAGAUGCCAUUAAAAUUGCCCCUUUCCUACCCCCAAGUAGCCUUCCUGGAGCAAGUAGCAGCAUCAGUCCUUGAGAAGAUAGGCUUCACUAUGCACAAACUCACCUGAGUGGGUGGGAGCCUGUCCCACCCUCUGGCCCACAAAGCUCCUUUCCUCUGCUGCAUUCAGACAGCCAGUCGGACCAUUAUCUCCCAUCUCUUGAAAAUUAUGCUGUGGAGGGUUAAGCUGGGAUUUUGUAUUAGGCAACCUUGCUACCUGGUGACUUCAAACAAGUUCUUUCUUCUGUUUGGGCAAGUUUCUUCAUCUGUAGAAUAGGCACUAUAGCUAUGCUUCUUGUUCAGUAUUAUUGUUAGAGUUGGAUGCUGUGGUGGCAUUUGGGAGACCAUUACAGGGCCUGCAUGGAGUGGGUGCCUAGGCCUGUGGGUUCCUGUUCUUCACACACACACACACACACACACACACACACACACACACACACACAAAACCUUGGAAUCCUAGAACAUUAAGAUUCUCAGAACCUGUUGGAAAGGGCUUUUGAGGUCAUCUUGGUGGCCUUUCUAUGCCUCCAGGUGUAAUGAGAUAGGCUGAUUUAAUAUGAAAGUUUUGAGGAUGCCCUCACCCUGUUCUCUGUCCUCUUCAGAUAUGGACCCUUUCCCCUUAUUCCCUCAGUGCCCAGAAGGGGGCCUUGAUUGUCCUGAAUGAAUGAAUGAAUGAAUGAAUAUAAAUGUACAGCAGGUACUUCUUUGGGUUUUGCUUAGCUUGAGGGCAUCAGUUAAAGGCUACUGUGUUCAUUCUCCAGGAGGGCUUUUCUAACCUGUUCCUACAGGAAGGGAAGUCCAUAUUGGUGUUGGGAAGUUUUGAAAGCUAAGUUGUGUGGGAUGAGAGAAAGAGAGUAAGAGGCUGUUCCAGACCAGCUGGAACUGACCAGCUUAGGGAGUUGGGGGGAGGGAGCACAGAGAAUGAGGUCCUGAGACAACACCUCACUGGAGGGGAGGGGAGAUUGUAGGGAGCUGUAUAUUGACAUCUGGGAUCAAAUUCUGGUCUGUACCUGUCAUUCUUGACAGUUUCUUCAUGGGAGAGGUGGGGGAGUUGAGGACCCUGAGCAGUUCUGGCAUCUCCUUGGAAAUAGCUGAGGACUUUGAGACAGACACUGGCAUCUGGGAGGAGACUAAUUACUAUUUGCCAGUCUCCCUCUCUACUUCCUCCCAGCUGGAACAGGUGGGCAGCCGGCUGGCACUGUGUAUGUCUGUGUGUGCACCUAGCUGGUGCUAUUUCUUUGUUGAACUCUGCCCUGAGGGCUGAGAUAGGAAGGGUCAGUGGCCUUGAGUAGCAGAUUGGGACACACACCUCCCCCCAAGUCUAUGGGUUUUGUUUGUUUGGUUGGUUUUUGGUGUUUUUUUGGUUUUUUUUUUUUUUUUUUUUUUUGCAGUCAUAUCUGUGUGUUUAGCAUACACUGUAUGAGAGUGUAUGUAGUGCAGUAGGGGGUGUCUGAUAGGUGAAGGAGAGACAUUGGCCCAGUGUGGCUAGGCAAAACUUCCUAGGGCAUAUGGCUGAAGGAUUUAGAUUAGGAAAGGAAUGAGUUUGGUGGUCACAGGAUAGGCCUACCUGGAAAUGGAAUCAGAAAGCAGAUGAGACCAUGACAUGCCUUAACUCUUGAUUGCAAAGUUUACACUUCUGAAUUUAAUCCUGGGGGUCAUGAGCAGCUCUCUAAACUAGGAGAGAUGUAGUCUCAUAAGUGCUUUAAGAAGAUCACCAUGGUUGCUGUAAGCAGAAGGCACUGGGGGAAAAAGAAGUUGGAAGCAGGGAGGUCUAGGGGGAAAGUAUUGCAAUGAUACAGGGGAGAAAUGACAGUGCCCAAACUAGGGCAGGGGCAGCAGGAGAGUCAGUGAGUGGUAGAGACACAUCCAGGAGUUAGCUGGCCAACAGAUGUGUUGCCAGGAGGAGAGAGCAGGAAGGUUGGCAGAGAAAUGGACUUGGUGAUCAAUUACUGAGAACAGGGUGGAAUUUGAGAGAGCAAAGAAAGGGUGGUCUGAGAAGUCACCAUGGCCCCCAGGCAAGACUCUUUACCCCAGCCCUAAUGUCCAGACUCAACCCUGCCUCUCUCCAAAGCAGGCCCAAGACCGAGGCUGGCUUUGGGUAUCUUCUCUAAUCUCUAGAUUUAAUCUGACUUUUGACUCAAGAUUAAAUUCCAUGCCUGAGAUGUUCCCCCUUCUCUCCUCUCCCCCUCUGGGGACAGGAAAGCCAGUCUACUGCCCAGUUAAAGGUCUGAAGGAGCUGGUUGGAUUAUCUUCCCUCUCCCACCAUGGUGCUCUCCAGAUCCCUCCUCUUCUCUUCAGCCUGAACUGCAUCCAUGUGUGAUCCAGGGAGGCCUGACUAAUUCUAAUCAGGCAGGCCAGGUUCAGAUGCACUUUGUUGGGUGGUCCUACUGCCCACUCCUUCCAUAACUGGGGGCUGAUGCCCCAGAACCCUCAGGAGAAGAGCCAAGCCUAUCCCCGCCGCCGCCCUGGGAGCCACACAGACCAUAAGAGUCCCAAGGCCACCGCAGGCGCAGCUAUGUACACCUUCUUGCCUGAUAACUUCUCGCCUGCCAAGCCCAAGCCGUCCAAAGAGCUGAAACCACUUCUAGGCUCCGCGGUGCUGGGGCUGCUGCUGGUGUUGGCGGCAGUGGUGGCCUGGUGCUACUACAGUGCCUCUUUACGCAAAGCAGAACGCCUGCGUGCAGAGCUGCUGGACCUCAAUCGAGGCGGCUUCUCCAUCCGCAACCAGAAGGGUGAGCAAGUCUUCCGACUGGCCUUCCGCUCAGGCAUGCUGGACCUUGACUCCUGCAGCCGCGACGGUGCCCUGCUUGGCUGUUCUCGCACAGCAGAUGGGCGCCCGCUGCACUUCUUUAUCCAGACUGUAAGGCCCAAGGACACGGUCAUGUGCUACCGUGUGCGCUGGGAGGAGGCAGCUCCAGGGCGCGCGGUGGAACACGCCAUGUUCCUGGGCGAUGCAGCGGCACACUGGUACGGCGGUGCUGAGAUGAGGACCCAGCACUGGCCUAUCCGCCUGGAUGGCCAGCAGGAGCCACAGCCCUUCGUCACCAGUGAUGUCUACUCCUCUGACGCCGCAUUCGGAGGCAUCCUCGAACGUUACUGGCUGUCAUCGCGUGCGGCUGCCAUCAAGGUCAACGACUCAGUGCCCUUCCACCUGGGCUGGAACGGCACCGAACGCUCGCUGCGGCUGCAGGCCCGCUACCAUGACACGCCCUACAAGCCACCUGCUGGCCGCUCCGCAGCACCAGAGCUCAGCUACCGUGUGUGUGUCGGCUCUGACGUUACUUCAAUCCACAAAUACAUGGUUCGACGCUAUUUCAACAAACCGUCAAGGGUGCCAGCACCCGAGGCCUUCAGGGACCCCAUCUGGUCCACGUGGGUGCUGUAUGGGCGUGCCGUGAACCAGGACAAAGUGCAACGUUUCGCCCAGCAGAUCCGCCAGCACCGAUUCAACAGCAGCCACCUGGAAAUAGAUGACAUGUACACACCUGCCUAUGGAGACUUCGACUUCGACGAGGCCAAGUUCCCCAAUGCCACUGACAUGUUUCGCCGUCUGCGCGAUGCCGGCUUUCGCGUCACGCUCUGGGUUCACCCGUUUGUGAACUACAACUCAUCGUGCUUUGGUGAGGGUGUAGAACGCGAGCUGUUCGUACGCGAACCCACUGGCCGGCUGCCCGCGCUUGUGCGCUGGUGGAAUGGCAUCGGCGCGGUGCUGGACUUCACACGCCCAGAGGCUCGUGACUGGUUCCAGGGACACCUGCGGCGGCUGCGCUCCCGCUAUGCUGUGGCUUCCUUCAAGUUUGAUGCAGGAGAGGUCAGCUAUUUGCCACGGGACUUUAGCACUUACAGGCCGCUGUCCGACCCCAGCAUAUGGAGCCGACGCUACACUGAAAUGGCACUGCCCUUCUUCUCUCUGGCAGAGGUUCGCGUGGGCUACCAGUCACAGAACAUCUCGUGCUUCUUCCGUCUAGUGGACCGCGACUCGGUGUGGGGCUAUGAUCUGGGGCUGCGCUCGCUCAUCCCCGCGGUGCUCACCGUCAGCAUGCUGGGCUACCCAUUCAUCCUGCCCGAUAUGGUGGGUGGAAAUGCAGUGUCUGAGCGCACAGUGGGUGGUAGCGAAGUGCCGGAGCGUGAGCUAUAUGUUCGCUGGCUGGAGGUGGCCGCCUUCAUGCCCGCUAUGCAGUUCUCAGUCCCACCUUGGCAAUAUGACGCCGAAGUGGUGGCUAUCGCGCACAAGUUUGCAGCGCUUAGGGCCUCACUUGUAGCGCCGCUAUUGCUUGAGCUGGCUGGUGAGGUCACCGACACAGGCGACCCCAUCGUGCGCCCCCUCUGGUGGAUUGCGCCAGGCGAUGAGACAGCACACCGCAUCGACUCGCAGUUCCUUAUUGGAGACACGCUGCUGGUGGCUCCAGUACUGGAGCCAGGCAAGCAGGAGCGAGACGUCUACCUGCCUGCAGGCAAGUGGCGCAGCUAUAAGGGCGAGCUUUUUGACAAAACCCCCGUGCUGCUUACUGAUUACCCCGUGGACCUGGAUGAGGUUGCCUACUUCAUCUGGGCAUCCUGACCCAACCCAGGACCCAGGAAUCCCACAGCCCUAACCUCUGUCUUCAUGCAGGCGUUUAACCCUCCAUCACAACCACACCGUGCAUCCCCAGGAAGGUCCCACCUCUGCAGUUCCCACUAAGUGGGUGCUGACAUAAAUGUGCUCUAGCCAGCUCCUGCAGGGCCAGGUGAGGGGGCGCUGAAGCAACUUCCCAUUUCAACGCACAAUCCUAAAGACACUCUUUCCCUCCAUGCUCACUGCAGUCUGCAGAAACCGCUUUCUGAGGUGGGAGCGAGAGAACUCUGAGGUAAAAUGCCAGCUAUCUUCCUAUUACACAUGAUUGUGUUUUAAAAGCACAGAGAGAAACCUUACUGUCCGUCCUGGCCUGAAUGGCCAUCUUUGUCCUUCUGAGGUUGGGACUUGAUCCUUUUAAUGUCCCCAAAUAGCUCCCUGCCACACUUAGAAAGGCACAUUCUUGGUGUUGGAAGCCAGGCCCCGAGUUCCCAGCACUCGCCUGAAGUGUGUUGACCUGGUCCUACCCCAGCUAAGGAGAUGGGAUGGAGGUGUCUGGCCAACAGACAAGGAGGAUGGAGGUCCCAUCCCAGAGGAUAGAAGGACUGGGCACAGCACUGAGCCAUCAUUGUUGUCCCUCAUUUUGUGAAGAGACUCCUAAUGCUGCACUUACCCAUCUAUGUAAACACAUGGGCUCAGCCCUGGACCAGGGCCAUGGCCUAAUGGGCAAGGACUUGCAAGGCCAUGCAGGCCCAACUUGGUGCCUUAAUUCAAGAACCUGUGUGUGUGUGUGUGUGUGUGUGUGUGUGUGUGUGAGAGAGAGAGAGAGAGAGAGAGAGAGAGAGAGAGAGAGAGAGAGGCACCAUGUGUUCCUGGAUCUAUGGAAUGAACACAAUACUUCUGAAGCUGGAUGAGCCUGGAAGGAGGGGACAGGAAGCAAAUUUGAGGUUUUGAUUGUUGAUCUGGCCCUCUUCUGGUUGAUGUCUCUGGGACUAUAGCAGGAAAUAAAUAGCGCUUUCAAGAUUUCUCAGCUGCCUCACUCCCUGCAUACAUGGCAGGGGUGUGGCGUAAAAGGGAGCGAGCAGUGUUCUUUUUCUGAUGGUAGUGUGCUUUGGCACGUGAACUACAUUUGCACAUCGACACCUGUAAAUACACAUACAGGGUAAGGUGUUUCGUUUCAGCCGUUUUCCCUUUCUAAGAAGAGCAACCUCAGCCAGAGUAAAUCUCCCUGACUUUGCAGCUGAGUCUGAAGAAGUGGCUUACCAGAGCGGGGAGGUAGGAAACAGGGCAGGGCUCAGCUUCCCUCUACCCCUAAAGAAUGCAUCCUUUUGUCCACUCCUCUACCCCCUCUAUUUCCCCAGUGUGAAGAAUGCCUAAUGAAAGUUUGGGGGCACUCACAGAUGUCUAUCUUGAGUGCUGAUUUUACCACUUGUCUACAAGCUGUGUGAUUUUAAGCAAGCUGCUUACACUUAUUGAACCUCAGUUUCCUCAUAUGUAAAAUGGUGAUGAUAAUGCCUACCUCCCAGGAUAUUGUGGGAAUUAUAAGUACAGAUGUAUGUAAAGUGCCUGGCACAAGUAGGUGCUCAAUAAAAGGUAGCUAUU